CGCGCUCCCCAGCUCAGCCCAAGGCUUGCUAUAAGUCUGCAGCUGCCAGGCCCAGCUGCUCUGCAGGGAUGCUCCCCCUACAAUCAAGCUUGCGCGUAGCAUCCAUUUCGUUGUCUCUCAAGGCCGUAUCGAAAGCUAGGGCCGUAACACGCACAGGGGUCCUAUUCAGAAUGGCUAGUACUGUUGGGUCUUCGUGGGGUCUGAAGGAUCCGAGUCUCGUCAAGACUCAGGGGCUCAUCGAUGGUCAAUGGGUCGACGCGCAGGAAGGGGCCAAGAUCACGGUAACGAACCCUGCCACUGAUGAGGAACUUGGCACCGUGCCCGACAUGGGUCUCGAGGAGACGAAGCAGGCCAUCGAGGCCGCCUCGAAAGCGUUCAAGUCUUGGAGCAAAACUACCGCGAAGCAAAGACACGAUCUACUGAUGAAAUUCUACGCCCUCAUGCAAGAGAACACGGAGGACCUGGCACGGAUUAUCACUCUGGAAAAUGGGAAAGGCCUGGCCGAGGCAAAGGGCGAGCACGCCUAUAGUGCCUCGUUCAUCGAGUGGUUUGCGGAAGAAGCUGUUCGAACAUACGGCGAGGUUAUCCCUUCGCCGUUCCCUCAAAUCCGGAAUGUCGUCGUAAAACAACCAAUUGGUGUUGUGUCGAUAUUAACUCCAUGGAACUUUCCCUCGGCAAUGAUUACUCGCAAAUUGGGCGCCGCGCUCGCAGCUGGGUGCACGGCCGUCAUCAAGCCCCCUCCCGAAACCCCCUUCUCCGCGCUCGCUCUGGCAGAGCUCGCGAGUCGCGCCGGCAUCCCACCAGGCGUGAUUAACAUCGUGCCCACGCAGAAGAACGUGAACGAGGUGGGGCGCGAGAUGUGCCAGAACACGAUCGUCAAGAAGGUUUCGUUCACGGGCUCGACGCCCGUCGCGAAGAUGCUGUACGGGUUGGCCGCGUCCACGCUGAAGAAGGUCUCGAUUGAGGCUGGCGGGAAUGCGCCGUUCAUCGUGUUCGCUGAUGGCGACAUCGAUGCCGCUGUUGAAGGUGCUAUCAUGUGCAAGUUCCGAGGUAGUGGUCAGACUUGCGUGUGCGCCAACAGGAUCUACGUUCAGUCAUCGGUAUACGCGGACUUUGCUUCUAAGCUGGCGGACAGGGUCGCCCAAUUCAAGGUCGGCAACGGGUUAGAAGAGAAGACGACGCACGGUCCUCUGAUCCAUGACAAAGCCAUUGAAAAAGUCUCCCGUCACGUUGACGACGCCGUGUCGCGCGGUGCGCAAGUGCUCAUCGGCGGCAAACGCAUCGAGGGGCCGGGCUCCUUCUACGCGCCCACAGUUCUCUCGGACGUCCCGCGCGACGCGCUCAUCAACGACGAGGAGACGUUCGGGCCCGUCGCGGCGCUCGUGAAGUUCGAGACGGAGGAGGAGGUGAUCAAGAUGGCGAACGACACGCCCGUGGGCCUCGCGGGUUACUUCUAUUCGCGGGACGUUGGUCGCGUGUGGAGGGUUGCGGAGGCACUGGAGGUGGGCAUGGUUGGUACGAACACGGGCACGAUCAGCCAGGCGGUCAUCCCCUUCGGAGGGGUGAAGGAGAGUGGGCUGGGUCGGGAAGGAUCACACGGCAUCGAUGAGUACAUGAACACCAAGUUCAUCGCCUUUGGUGGUUUGUGAAGAAAAAGAUCUGACCUUGAGAUGGAUGAUAUGCUCUCACCCGUGUAGCAAUGUUGAGUGCAUCUUUGUAAUAUCAUUGUACAUGGCUAUGCAACACUUCUUACUAUGAUUCAUAUCGCUGUUCUUGCGGGCCAUCCGAAGAUCAACCGCUGUAUAUCCCCAUGUGUUCCGUGUCAAUGUUAACUCCUUUGCUUCCCUCUCCCGGUGUUUUUGUGCGCAUCUGAAGAAUCCAAGAAUCCGCCCAAUUCCAGUGCAUUGCGUGCAACCUGAUUGAUGUGCUUGAACCUGUCAGGGCCGAGGUGGAUGCCGCCGAAGAAGCGAGUAACAACGACCAGGACGUUGUUUACUUCAAGGAUAUGGAGCAGAUGGGCUAUUCUGCCG